UGGGUAUGUGUGUGUGUGUGUGUGAGAGUUACUUUAGUAGCGUGGAGCAGAGGAGUGCCACACACACUUGUCCGUCGGUCUCGUUCAUGGCUUCAGAUCCGAGCCCCGAGCAGCCACAGCGCCAGCAGCCCAGCAUGUGGGAGGAGAACUUCGACACGGAGAAUCAUGGGGUUGGCAGGAAGAGAGAUUACUCACCGGUUUCAUGGAGUGAAUACUUUGAAAUGAUGGAUGAUGUGGUUGUCGGGACAGCUGAGAGCAAGGACGUGUUCCGUGUGUAUAAGAGUGGAGUAGAUGGACCCUUACUGGUGCUGCUGCACGGAGGAGGCCACUCAGCUCUUAGCUGGGCCGUGUUUACUGCUGCCAUGACCAGCAGAGUGACCUGCAGAGUUCUGGCCAUGGAUCUGCGAGGUCACGGUGUCACUCAAGUUCGCCAUUCCGAGGAUCUCUCCACCCUGACCAUGUCCAGAGAUGUGGCCAAUGUGGUGCGAGCAACCUAUGGGGAGAUCCCGCCCCCCAUUAUUCUGGUUGGUCACAGUAUGGGCGGGGCCAUUGCAGUGCACGCGGCCAGCGGGUCUCUCCUGCCGUCUGUGGUAGGACUGGUCGUCAUCGACGUCGUCGAGGGAAGUGCCAUGGAUGUGCUCCACAGCAUGCAGAACUUUCUCCGAGGACGGCCCAAAUCCUUCAAGACAAUCGACCACGCCAUCGAGUGGAGUGUUAAGAGUGGUCAAAUUAGAAACUUAGAAUCUGCAAAAGUGUCAAUGGUUGGUCAAGUCCGACGGCGUGAGGGGGAGGAGGGGGACACGGCGGAGCAGGUGAGUCCAGUGGGGGAGUGUGUGGCCGAGGGCAACGAGGAGUUCUAUGACCUGAACUACGCCACGGAUAAAGUCGAGAGUGCUGCAUCCGAGGUGAGCCUCAGUGACGCAGAGACGUUGAGUUCGUACUGCUGGCGGAUUGACCUGUCCAAGGCAGAGAAGUACUGGGACGGCUGGUUCCGCGGCAUCUCCAACCUCUUCCUCAGCUGCAAUGUACCCAAGCUGCUACUGCUAGCUGGGAUUGACCGUUUGGACAGAGACCUAACUAUAGGCCAGAUGCAAGGUAAAUUUAUGAUGCAGGUGCUGCCCCCGUGUGGUCAUGCAGUGCAUGAAGACACACCAGACAAAGUUGCUGAUGCGCUGGCCAGUUUUAUGAUCCGACACAAGUUUGCAGAAGCCAGGAGUGAAACAAAAAGCUCCUCCUAUCCAUUCAUGCGAUGAAGAUAACAAAAAGGAUUGCUGAGAUGUACUGAGGCAUGAAGGCAGGACUUUGAGGUCUAAUCUCACUCAUCCAAAACAGCCAGCUCCAGAGUCAUAAACCACCUGCUUCUUAUCCAGACUGAUUUUCUGCUUGAACGCCAUACUGUAAUACCUGUUCUGUUCUGAGAAAAAUACAAUGUUAUUAUAAAAAUCUAUUUUUAAUCUCUCUUUGGAAAGCCCCUGUGAUGUCUGUAUUGUGUUGUGUACAGUAUGUGUGUGUGAAUGUUAAAUGAGGGGUUGUUAUAACCUUUUCAGUUUUUAGGGUUUAUGUUUAUGUUUGAAAAUCAACCUUGUGAUAUAUAUAUAUAUAUAUAUAUAUAUAUAUAUAUAUAGGUUUGGUCCUCGUGCUGUUGGGGGAAAAAGUACAGAUGAAGCUCUUUGAAACUUUAAGGAGGAGAAAAUACCUUAGUUGUAUUUUAAAAAUUAAAAUGUCUUUAUUUGGUAUCAAAUACACAUCUUGCAAACACAAUGCAUCCUCAUUUACUCAUUAUGUACCAAAAAAUAAAACGGAUCAAUCUGUUCAAUACAAUUCAAUGUCAAUUAGUUACAUCUUUUAUUAUUAUCACAAAAAC